UUGUCAUGUUUUCAUUCAGCUGCGCACGCGGAGCGAACAAAAGACGCGCCAGUCUUGCCUUCCGAUUGGCUCGCGGCCGAACCCCCGCGAGCUCGACCACAGCAGAUGGAGCUCGCGCUCUCCUCCUCUUUUUUUUUUUUUAAACCCCACUCUUACAAGCUCGUGGACGCUCGUCUGGUUGUUUCAAGCGGCAGAACCGACGGUUAACGGAAGAUUUUAGCGACAACAUCAAAGAAAGACGAAGAGAGAACCGAGAGAAGACCUCCUGAAGUCGAUACAUGACAAGGUGCCGCUAGGGAUUGACAGAAAGAAAGAAAGUCGACCUGCUUAAUCAUUUAUUGUGGCUUCACACUGACAGCGCCAUCUCUCAGGAGACUCCACAGGAAUCGACAUUCACUACGCUCCACUCAUGCUGACGGAGAAUGGAUGAGACGGAAAACGAGGUUCAGAUCGGAGAGAACAAGUUUGUCAGCAAGGCAACGGUGCUCUCACAUCUCAAGACAUACAACCUGUACUACGAUGGGCAGAAUCUACAGUUACGACACAGAGAGGAAGAAGGGGAGCUGAUCAUCGAGGGUUUGCUAAAUAUCUUUUGGGGCCUGCGGCGACCAAUCAGGCUUCAGAUGCAGGAUGACCACGAGCGAAUUCGGCCACCCCCUUCAUCCACGUCCUGGCACUCCGGCUGCAAUCUGGAUAGUCAGGGUCCUCCUGGCAGCUCAGAAGGCCAGCAGACAGCACAGCAGAGUUCACCUCAAGUGGAGGUGACCCCACCUGAAGACCAGCCUGAGGAUAACGGUGUGAUGGAGGAGCAAACAGACGAGGACAAUGAGAGCUCCGCUCAGCUCCUCAGAACAAAGAGUGAUGCUGGGGUCUUAAGGCGGGGCCAGCGAAGGUCCCCGAGUAACCAAAGAAAGAUCCGACGACACCGCUUCUCCAUCAACGGACAUUUCUACAACCAUAAGACAGCAGUUUUUACACCUGCUUAUGGCUCGGUCACUAACGUUCGGAUCAACAGCUGCAUGACCACGCCUCAGGUGCUGCGAGUUCUCCUUAACAAGUUCAAAAUUGAAAACAGCCCGGAUGAUUUUGCUCUCUAUCUGGUUCAUGCGAGUGGAGAACGUGUGAAACUGAAACGGACUGACUUUCCUCUGGUUCUGAGGAUAAUUCAAGGUCCAUGUGAGCAGGUCUGCAAAGUCUUCCUCAUGGAAGAAGACUUGGGCGAAGAAGUCACGUAUGAUGUGGCGCAGUAUAUCAAGUUUGAGAUGCCUGUUCUGAAGAGUUUCAUCAUUAAGCUGAAGGAGGAGGAGGACAGGGAGGUGCAGAAACUCAGGAGGAGGUAUAAUUACCUUCGGUAUAUCAUUGAAAAGCAGCUCCGCUGUCUUCCAGAGGAAUCAAAGUGUAUGUGAUCUGCUCCAAAUCCUUCCAGCUCUGACCAAGAGUCAGCAGCUCCUCGCCUCAUCCUGCACAUCCGUCCACUCACAUGUUUACCGAGCUGAACUAAGCACACGCCAAGCACAGCUGGCUGAGAGGGAUUUAAAGCGUUCUGAAUGAGCCAUGAGCAAAAACCCCUUCUUCCUCUCCUUUAGGCAAAACAGAAUCUAUUUACAGAGCAUAUUUGGUGUAAAUGAAUAAAGUGCCUGCUUGACGAUGGAGUUUCUAAGCACAACAAAAACGUUAGAAGAACAGUUCCACGCUUCACUGGUUCAUGAUUCUUGUAAUUGUGGAAAUCUGGAAACUGAUUUAAUGUUUUCUGCUUUGGAAGCUGAAUGCAGAGGCUGAAAAUGUCAAAUAUAUUUGUUUGUUUUGUA